AUGACAAUCAACCAAGAAGGUCGAGACAUCAUUGUCCCCAAGAUGACCAACGUGACGAAGAAACCGUUGCUGGUCAUGUCGGCAGGUCCUAUUAUGGGGCAUACUGCACCCACGCUUCACAUUGCCAGGGAAAUGAUCAAUCGAGGCUUUGAGGUUAUAUUCAUGACGGCACCUGACCUCAGAGAAAACGUUGAGAAGAUCGGAGCAGAAUACUACGAAACUAGCCCUUUCUGGCCGGAAGGCACUCUCGAGGAGCGAGAGAAGUACCCAGCUGGAAUGCCAAGAAUGAUGUACGACAUGGAAUGGAUAUUCAUGGCCUCCAUACCCUCCAGGGUUGCAAGCCUGCGAUCACUGCUGGAGAUGGUUCGUGAGAGAGACCCCUCUCGCGACGUCGUGAUCGUGGCUGAGACGGUCACAAUGGGUGUCUUGCCUUUCAAGUAUGGCGCCCCCCUUCCGAAGGGCUACACCGAAUUCCCCAAAGUCAUCAGCAUCAACGUUGUACCGCUCGUGGUCUCCAGCAUCGACGUUGGCCCGUUCGGGCCGGGUCUCCCUCCAGACUCAACCAAGUCAGGUCGCGCGCGUAACCAACUCCUGUAUCAACUAAUGCAUGGGAACGGGCCAUUUGCUACCUUGAAUAACAUCUUUCACGAGACACUAAGAAAAGUCGCUUGCACUUCUGUUCCAACGGAUUUCAUGUUCGACGCUUGGGUGACAUCGUUUGACACAUUAUUCCAGUUGUGCAGCCCAAGCCUGGAGUACCCAAGGUCAGACCUGCAUCCGUCGAUUCGAUAUGCCGGUGCUCUCCCAAAGAGAGGUAUCGAUCCCAAGUUCUCGUAUCCUUCGUGGUGGCCAGAACUUCAGGCGAAUGCAAAGCUUCCAACCGAGUCACCUGACCGCAAGAAGAUCAUCCCUAUUGCGCAAGGAACCGUUGCAACCAAUUACAACGAGCUGAUAAUACCAGCGAUCAAAGCUUUCGCCAAGAGGUCUGAUGUACUUUUGAUUGUUAUUCUUGGAGUAAAGGGUGCUACUCUGCCUUCCGACUUGGACAUUCCCUCAAAUGUUCGAGUCGUUGACUAUCUUCCGUACGACGCGGCAUUGGAGUAUGGCGACGUAUUCGUCAGCAAUGGUGGCUACGGCGGAAUGAUGCAUGGCGUCAUCAACGGUAUCCCCAUGAUUGUAGCAGGAAUGAGCGAGGACAAGGUCGAAGUUUCCGCGCGUGCAGAAUAUGCAGGGUUUGCGGUGAACUUGAAGACCCAGACACCAUCGAGCGAGCAAAUCUAUGAAGCAGCCGAGAAAAUCUUCAAUGACACUUCGUACAAGCGGGCGGCUGUCCGUUUAAUGGGGGAAAACGAGGACCUGGACAGUUUAUCGAUUAUCGAGAAACAAAUCAUGAGGUACGCAAGAAAAAACUCAACAGAGAUUUGUGCGUACGCAGCAUAG